AUGGAUGCCGCCAAGACCUUCUUGGAUGGCACCGUCGAGCGUGCAGAUUUGAACCAGUAUUGGUUCUCUCAGCCGACUUUGUCCACAUUCGUGGAAGAAAUAUGCAAUGUCAGCGGGCCUUCCGCCUUGGUCUCCUCGCCCAGUGUGUACUUCAGCCUACCCCAGGAACGCCGCCAUGACUGCAAAGUCUUGGACUUCGACCGGCAGUGGGAUUCAGAUCCAGGAUAUGUCUUCUACGAUUUCCACCAGCCAGAGGAUCUGCCGGAGGCUCUGCGAGGUGCCUUCAGCUUUGUCCUAAUCGAUCCACCGUUCAUCACGCGCGAGGUCUGGGAGAAAUAUGCCCUCACAGCGCGCUUCUUGGCUGGCGAGGGUGCUCGCAUUCUUUGCACCACCAUAGCAGAAAAUGCUCACCUGAUGGCAGAGCUGCUGGACCUACAUCCGGUGCUGUACCGCCCAGGGAUACCGAACUUGGUGUACCAGUACAGCAUCUAUGUGAACUACGAGUCUGACAGGCUGAAUGAGUUGAAUCCUGAGAUCGACCAGGAAAACUGGCAGGUGGCGGCGAAGGCGGAUGCGAAUGAUAGCAAGAGCGAUGCGAAUGAUCGCAUGCCAGUUGGUGGAAGCCGUUGCCUCGAUGAGACGCUCGAGGCCCCGCUCCUGCCCCGAGAGGGGGGCAAUGGCUUGGCCGGCUUUUCCGGUGCGCUCCCCGCCCCGGCUGGUUACCUGGAGACCGAUGGCUUCACCCCGGAGGAGGAUGCGGCAGAGGUUCAGCUGCUACUUCAGUUGCGGAAGCAGCUCAUGGGAGUCAAGCGGGCCAUCGAGGGCCUCCAGGCACCUCUUUUGAUGGCUCAGCGCAGAACUGCAAUGGGAGGAUUGGCUGCGAGUGCCGCAGCUGACAAGGCAGAUGCUGCCAAAGAUGCAGCAGGAGCAGCCCUGGACCAAAUGGAAGCCUUCUUGCGUGAACACAUCUCGGAGAUCCUCUCCGCCUUGGGCGAGGGCUCGGCCGCCUCGGCCACUGAAGCUCAGUCGCUGGAUCGCUGGCACCUGCGCUCUGCUCGGGCCCUUCUGGAGUGCCAGGGCCAGGACACUCAAGGCGGAAAAAAGGGCUCCGGCGCCGCGGUCCUAGAUGAGAUGCGCCAACUCUCGGCGGCCUUCUUCGGGCAGAGCCGCCAGGUGUUAGAUCGGAUCAAGAUCCUGAGAGCGCAAACCAGGGGUGAACCAACCGCUGCUUGUGGCAAAAAGGCACAGUCUUUGCCCUGUGUUGCAGCAGAUUUCCGUGGAGGACACCUGCUGACGAGGGGUUUAGCCGCCGACGACUCCGAAGCCUUCGGUUCAGGUCGUAUCGCGGGUGCGCAUGCUCAACCAGAUGGGGCUUCUCAAGGACUUUGGGUGCUGAAUUCUUGGAGACCGACAGCUGCCCUUCGCGGCUCCACUGAGCGCCAGGAGCGACCCAGGUGGUUGGAGUGGUCCGCAUCUUCAGAGAGUCUGCUCAAGCCAUUCUUGUUGGUUGUUUCCUUCGAGGAUUGCUAUGUUGAUGGGAAUGAUUGGUCGGCCGGGAACGAUGCAUACAGAGACGAUCAUCCGGUGAUGCAGUUCGUGGCCCAGCAGCUGAAGCUCAUGCGAGAAGAAGGCUUGACAAAGCGCGAGGCCUUCAAGCGAACAGAAGACAUUUUUCGAGAGAGGCGAGAGUCUCUGGAACGAGAGCAGAAAGUAAUGAUGGCCAUGGCCGUAACACAAGGCUUCAAGCCCAUGUUCAGCACAGGGCGUGCUUAUCUUGAGGUGGAGAAGGCGCGAAUCGAAAGUGGACACUUGACCAGAAUCAUAAGUGCGCUUCGCAAACAGAGGGUGUCGGCAGCGGAAACAGGAGACGACGAGGCCGGGGGGCAGAAGGCAGCCUUGAAGCGGGCAGUGGAAGAGGCUGCUCGGGAGGCCCUGCGGCAAGAGGCCGCGGCAAGGGGAGCGGAGGAGGAGCGAGCGGAGCGGGAGGAACGAAUGAGGCAAGACGAGGCGCAGGUUGAGGAAGCGCUGCGACAGCUGCGAGAGGGAGCCCCUGAGGAGGAGAAGGGGGCGCCCGAUCCGUCCGCUGACGCUGCGGCUCGCGCGGCAGCUGCGCAGCCGUCGCAGGCUCCGCUGCCGGAACCGACGUCUCCCCCAGAGGAGGAUGAGAAAGAGCAGGAGGACCAGUUCAAGCGGCGGGAUUCUAGAACAGCAGCCGAGACGGACUUGCUCAGAUUCGGAGCCGGACAAAGAGCGGACCGUGUCAACCGGAUGCUCCACCAGCAGCAGCGGUCGAAGUUGGGACGUGAGCGCAUGGAUCAGGAAAGAGGAGGCUCAUCAUCUGACAGCGACGACGAGAAGGAAGAGCGGUUGCAGGAGAACGUCCCAGGCUUCAAUAUUCAAGAGUUCGAUGGCACAGAGCACCACUACCAGUACAACUUCGGCCGCUGCAGCGAGCUCGACCUGACGGCCACUGGCUCCGAGUGUGCUGCCCCACCUGCUGUGCCCCAGGUGGCUGUCGCUGACCUCCUGGGCUUGGCGAAUACAGUUGAGGAUGACUGCCAACUGGGGCCCCACUGUGCGCCCUCCUCCUGUGUGACUGGGGGGCUUCUGUCGCCGCUUGACUUGCUGGUGCCGCCGUCAGCUGUUCAGUUGGGGCCGCUGCCAGUGUCAUCGAAGAUGAAUGCUUGGUAUGGGCAGUCAGUGGACGUCGAGCACCUUAGCCCCUCCGACAAGCGACAGUGUGGUGCUCCAAGCUCAUGGAGUUGGCAUUGGGAUCUGCCGUUGUUCUAUGACCAUGAGGUCCGUCGAGGCCAUGAUGCCUGGAGAGACCUGCGAUACCAUGAUGCUUUGGCUGAUUUCAUCGAGGGAGCAAACGUGGAGGCGGUUGAAGGACCGUCAUCUCUGUCGCUGCUCUGCCUUCGGUUCUGCUUGGGCGUGGACCUAGGUGACUUUCGGGGCCACGAGGCUUGCAGAGCCAUGGCGGAAGGCCUCAGCCAACUCUGGUGCCUAUGCCGAGAGAGGCACGCACGUCAACUACGGAUUCUAAGACCUCGGAAGUCCAUGUGGGAGCCUGACGAUCAUGUCCAGUGGGCAGCUGAAGACAUACAGAUUUUCGAUGGAAGCUGCACCGUGGGGACCGGAGAGGAUGUGGCUGAGGUUGGUUACCGCCUGCUUAUGAACCGGAAGCCACGAGCAACUGAGAACACUCUUUUGAUCUUAUAUCACGGCAAUGGAGAAGUUUGCGAAGACUACACCGACUGGGCAGACAUCUAUCGCGUCUUUCCUUGUAGCAGAGGGCUCAGAACUCCGCAAAUGUUUGGCAACGAUCGGCUUUUGAGAAUUUUGGACAAUGCUGGAGGCAUGCUGAUUUUCGACUACCGCGGCUAUGGCUGGUCAGCUUCUGAGUGUCAAGAAGAGGGAGAAGUCGGCAGAAGUGUUCGCCGAGAAAGUCAGGUCAACGGGAAAGCCGAGCAUGGCCAACUUGCUGAGCGACGCGGAGCAGUGCAUGCAAAAUCUGCCAGAGAUUCUCCGACAGUCCUUGACUUAAUGCAACGGCAAGAGUCGAGAAGAGUCGAGAGGAGAGGGGGCUUCGGGGCUUCUCCGCGUGAGGAAGGGCCUUUCCUGGCCCUGGCCAGCUCCGGUUUUGCUUCUCGGGCGCUCGCUGGGCAGCGCCGUUGUGACGCAUCUCCUCGGAACGAUGGCAGAGACUUGGAUCUGUUUUGCAAUGCUGUAGGUGCAAUGUAUUUGAAAGUCACACGCUUCGCUGCAGAGCCGAUGCUCUCUCCAUAA